AUGUGGGAGCAGGGGCAAGAAAGAGCCUCUCGAAAGUGCCAGCUGACUUGGGUGAAAGAGCACCGGUCUGGGGGAGGCCCAGAGCCGGUUCCGGCCUCUGCGCAUGUCACAGGACGUCCGCCUGUCCCUCGCAGUCAGCGUCCGGGCUGUGCUGCCCACCCAGGAGGACAUGGCCCAGCGGUUUCGGUUUCCAAGGCCCCUUGGCUUCAGCAGAGCCCGGGAACCGUCCCGCUGCGGCAACGGACUUCAGCUGGCAGAGCCCUCGAAAACAGAGGAAGGUGUGGUCGUGGCGCCUCGGACGGCCUGAGCUCCUCGGGAAUGAAGGUCUUUGGGGUUCUCGUGGUCUUUGCCUCCUGCUUGAUGGCCCCCACGCACAGCAGCUUCUGGCAGUUUCAAAGGAUGGUCAAACACAUCACAGGACGGAGCGCCUUCUUCUCAUAUUAUGGAUAUGGCUGCUACUGCGGGCUCGGGGGCAAGGGGACCCCCGUGGAUAACACUGACAGGUGCUGCCUGGCCCACGACUGCUGCUACGAGAGCGUGAAGCAGCUCGGCUGCCAGCCCGUGUUGAACGGCUACCAGUUCCACAUGGUCAACGGAACCGUGGUCUGCGAAUGCGCCCUUGGUCCUGGCGUCAGCUGCCUCUGCGGGCUACGGGCCUGCGAGUGUGACACGCAGUCUGCCUACUGCUUCAAAGAGAACCUGCCCACCUACGAGAAGAACUUCAAACAGUUCUCCAGCCGACCCCACUGCGGCAAGCACAAACUCCAGUGUUAG